AUGUCGCUUCUGCCUGGCCUGUCCCUCUCGGCGCCAUCGACGGCAACACCGCAAUCGGACGCCGCGUCGCAUGCGCCUCCACGAAUCGAAGAGCUGCCUGCGCGCUCAGAGCUGCGUUUCGAAGUCGCUCCCGCAAAGUCAUACCGCAUACGCCUAGUACGAGGAACAGCAGAACUGUUUGGCAGCGAGCUAGCGCCUAGCACGACCUACACUUUCAGCGGAACAAAGGGCGCCGUCUUCACAUGGCACGGCUGCACCCUGGAGCUGCAGGGCGAGGUUGACAGCGAGUAUGUCGGUUCCGAAACAGAAGCCAUGGUGGAAUGGCUAAACGUCCACGGUAUGCUGGAGACAGCGCGCGACGAUGCUGGAGUUGGCAGGGACAGCAAUGGCGGCCCACGCCUUCUGAUCGUAGGCCCUGACGAUAGCGGCAAGACAAGUCUGCUCAAGUGCUUGACGGCAUGGAGCUUGAAGAUGGGAAGGACACCGACUGUCAUCAACAUGGACCCACGCGAAGGUCUACUCAGCAUUCCCGGCAGCCUGAGUGCGGUUACAAUGGGCAGCAUGUUGGAUGUUGAAGAUGGCUGGGGAAGCAGUCCGGUCUCUGGUCCUACUGGAGUGCCUGUCAAGACACCACUGGUCUACCAUUUCCCUUUUGCGUCUCCCGAAGACAACGCGCGCAUGUUCAAACCUCUGGUCACUCGCGCUGCUCUAGCUGUUACGAGCAGACUCGAGGAAGACGACGAGGCAAAGCAGAGCGGCAUCAUCAUCGACACACCAGGAAGUAUCAACCAACCAAGAGGCGGGUACGAUCUCCUCAUGCACAUCAUCUCGGAAUUCAGCAUCAACGUCGUUCUCACAUUGGGCUCGGAGAGGUUGUACAACGACCUAUUACGCAAGUUCGCCAGCCCAAAGAGCUCCGAUGAUGUGGUGCACGUCUUUCGCAUAUCAAAGUCAGGCGGCGCCGUAGGCAGAGAUGAGGCACUCAUGCGUCAAGCUCGUCAGCAACAGAUCAAAAACUACUUCUUCGGCGAUAGCAGAACAUCACUAAACCCACACGGCCAAUGGUGGGACUUUGGCGAUCUGACCCUCUACAAAGCAGUAGACCCUUCAGCAUCACAUGCACAAUCGUCCUUCCUGCCUGGUAUGGACUAUGACGACGAGUCGGCGCCUGGGCAGGGCGCUGCGCCGUGGCUGGAGAAGGUCACGCCGAGUCAAGGAAUGGUCAACGCAAUCUUGUCGGUCAAGUUCUGUUCAGGAAACUCGUCACUGGAUAACGUGCGCGACAGUUGUGUCAUGGGAUUUGUUUACGUGGCAGAGGUGGAUGAAGCUAGGAAAAAGGUACGGUUCCUAGCACCGCACCCCAGCAGGUGGGGUGAUCGAGCAUUGGUUUGGGGCAACUGGCCUGAAGGCGUCGGCGAUUUGGUUGCAUAG